GCACCUUAUGAGCCUUAUCCAAAGUUGUUGCAUUGUUCGCAACUUCCCGUCCGCCUCUUCCAUCUCAAUCCAACGGCAUGAUGUUAUCGGCGGUAACACAGCCGGCGGUGAAUCGCAUUCCUGAAUCGCCGGCGUCAUCAUUUUCUUCUCAGAAACUCUUUCGACAAAACAAACUCGAAUUCUUCUCACCUCCGCGAAGGGCGGUUUCUCGACCUUCCGUCGUCCUCUCGACAAAGCUCAGAGUCUCCGCGCCAUCUUCCGCCGCCUCUGUCGAUUCCUUAUCCGAAGAAUCCUCAGAGAGUGAUUCACUCUCCCCGGCUCCUCUUCAGAAAGAGAAGCUUGGAGUGGUGGUAAAGCCAAUGGAGAAACCUAGGUUAGUGUUAAAGUUCAUAUGGAUGGAAAAGAACAUUGGGAUUGCACUUGACCAAGCGAUACCCGGGCAUGGCACAGUCCCUUUAAGUCCUUACUAUUUUUGGCCAAGGAAAGAUGCUUGGGAAGAGCUGAAGGAGUUGUUAGAGAGUAAGCCUUGGAUUUCCCAGAAACAGAUGAUUAUCCUUCUUAAUCAGGCCACUGAUAUAAUCAAUCUGUGGCAACAGAGUGUUACCAAUUCGGGCUAACCUUUUCUUUCUUCUUCUUCUUCUUUUUCUGUGUCACUAGGCUUGAUUUCACUUGUAUUCGUACCUUGUUCUGCUUUGUGUUUCUUGGAUGAUGAUUAUUAUUAUGUUGGCUCAAAUGUGCUCAAUCUGAUCUUUUAGUACAUUCCUUGUAGAUUUUAUGUGAAUGUUGGUUUGUGUUUAAGUACCACAUUUGGCUGUAGCAAAGUUGCUUUAUAUAUCCUGAGUUUCAGUCUCAUAU